UAAUCAGUUUUCAAUUGUUAGUAAAGUGCUCAUGGAGUGAAUAAUAAUACUAAAAAUCUAUUUAGAUAAAAUAAAUGAUAUAAAUAUAACAGCGGCAAGACAUAUAAAUAAAACAAUUAAAACUGACAAUUGUGCUGCUGUAAUAAAACACUAUUGCAAUUUGUGUGUACUUCCAAGAUUCUAAAAAGUAAAUGCAUACAUGCCAGUUUAUGGAUCGAUAUUCGGAAUAAAAGUGAAAGAACAAGCAGCUACCCUUAUUUUCCCUGGAUUUUUUCUCCAAAGCAGCAGUCGGGCUAGAUACUUUCGCAAUUAAGAAGAUAGUCAAUAAUUGAAAUCUAUUUGUGCAGUGUGUAAUAGCAAAAUGUCCUACCGUUUGAAAGCAACAAAAUGUCCCACAGACGAAUUGUCGGUAACAAACAAGGCCAUCGUGAAUAUUAACGAUUUUCCAGAGGAUGUUAAGUAUGCCGACAUAUCGCCUGGUCCUGGACAACAUUACAUAUUUGCACUAUUGCAUACCAACGAGGUGGCACGGGGUCAUGUUGGAUUUUCGCUAGUGCAACGAAAAUGGGCCACACUAUCCAUCAAUCAGGAUAUCGAUGUGAGACCUUAUCGUUUUGAUGCCAAUUCCGAUGUCAUAACACUUGUCUCCUUCGAGACCGACUUUUUGCAGAAGAAAAUUACCUCCCAGGAACCCUAUGACUCUGAUCAGAUGGCUAAAGAGUUUUUAAUGCAAUUUGCUGGCAUGCCAUUAACUGUUGGUCAGACCUUGGUCUUCGACUUUCAGGGCAAAAAGCUGUUAGGACUUGCUGUCAAAACAUUGGAAGCUGUGGACCCCAAAUCACUUGGCGAAGGCAAAGAAACAAGUACUAAAAAUGUACGCUUUGGUCGCAUACUGGGCAAUACAAUCGUACAAUUUGAGAAAGCCGAGAAUUCCUCACUUAACUUGCAAGGCAAGUCAAAGGGUAAAAUUGUACGUCAAUCAAUUAUCAAUCCCGAUUGGGAUUUCGGCAAGAUGGGCAUCGGUGGUUUGGAUAAGGAAUUCAAUGCCAUAUUCCGACGUGCUUUCGCGUCCCGUGUCUUCCCACCGGAACUUGUGGAGCAGCUGGGCUGCAAACACGUUAAAGGCAUACUCUUGUAUGGCCCACCUGGUACCGGUAAAACGUUGAUGGCACGUCAAAUUGGCACUAUGUUAAAUGCGCGCGAGCCGAAAAUUGUUAAUGGCCCACAAAUUUUGGACAAAUACGUAGGCGAAUCAGAGGCCAAUAUACGACGUCUCUUUGCCGAGGCUGAGGAAGAGGAAAAACGGCUUGGUCCCAACAGCGGUUUGCAUAUUAUCAUUUUCGAUGAAAUAGAUGCGAUCUGCAAAGCCCGUGGUUCGGUCGCUGGCAAUAGUGGCGUACACGAUACAGUGGUCAAUCAAUUGCUCGCUAAAAUCGAUGGUGUCGAACAACUGAACAACAUUUUGGUGAUCGGCAUGACAAACAGACGUGACAUGAUCGAUGAAGCUUUGCUGCGACCCGGUCGCUUGGAGGUGCAAAUGGAGAUUAGUUUGCCCAACGAAGAGGGUCGAGUGCAAAUUCUGAAUAUACAUACGAAGCGUAUGCGGGAAUUCAACAAGAUUGCCGGUGAUGUUGACUCGAAGGAAAUCGCUACAUUAACAAAGAACUUUAGUGGCGCUGAGCUGGAAGGUUUGGUGCGUGCAGCACAAUCUACCGCUAUGAAUCGCCUGAUUAAAGCCGACGCAAAAGUGCAUGUUGAUCCGCAAGCGAUGGAGAAGCUUAAAGUUACACGCUCUGAUUUCUUGCACGCGUUAGAGAAUGACAUUAAGCCGGCUUUUGGUACAGCACAGGAAAUAUUAGAUAACAUGCUAUCACGUGGCAUAAUCAAUUGGGGACAGCCUGUGGCCAGUCUACUUGAAGACGGCAUGUUGUAUGUGCAACAAGCGAAGGCAACCGAAAGCUCUGGCUUGGUGUCGGUGCUCAUUGAGGGCUCACCCAAUUCUGGCAAAACCGCGUUGGCUGCUAAAUUGGCAAAAAUGUCCGAUUUUCCAUUCGUUAAAGUGUGCUCACCCGAAGAUAUGGUCGGCUAUACCGAAUCAGCCAAAUGCUUACACAUUCGAAAAAUAUUCGAUGAUGCUUACCGUUCCACUUUAAGCUGCAUUGUUGUCGACAACGUCGAACGUUUGUUAGACUACGGUUCAAUUGGUCCACGCUACUCUAAUUUGACACUGCAAGCGUUGUUGGUUUUGUUAAAGAAACAGCCGCCAAAAGGACGCAAACUGCUCAUUUUGGUCACUUCGAGCAGACGUGCUGUUCUGGAGGAAAUGGAAAUGUUGACGGCGUUCACUUCCAUCUUGCAUGUACCAAAUCUGUCUAGUCCAGAACAUGUAUUAGCCGUGCUCGAACAUGCCGAGAUAUUCAGCAAGGGUGAAUUGCAGGCUAUUGGCAAGAAGAUGUCUGGCAAAAAGAUAUUCAUUGGCAUCAAAACAUUGCUCGGUCUGAUUGAUAUGGCGCGACAAACGGAACCACAGCAUAGAGCCAUCAAAUUCCUCUCAAAAAUGGAAGAAGAAAAUUUCUUAGGAUUGGCUAAGGAUCAGUAACUAGUACGAAAGGAAUUCAACAUGUCAAUAGUGGAGCUUAAGGAUAUUUUCUGAAUAUAAAGACAACAUUGUGUUAAAAGUAUGAACUAACUAAAAGCAUAUAUACAUAUAUAAAUACGAAAAAUUGCGUAACAUUAAAUUAACUUAUUACACAUUAUAACUUAUGCUAAAGAGCAGCACAUAUGCAUGCAAAAAAAUUUAAAAAAUGGUGCGUAAAUAUUGUAAAAGUGAAGCAAUUGUUGACCAACGGUGGUGGGCGGUUAUUGAGCGAGCCGUACAUGAGAAAAUAAAGCGUGUAAACGAGUAAAGUUUAGCAUAAACAAAAUAGUAUUGAUUUGUAGGCUUUUUAACAAACAUAGUUAAAUUAACGGUGAAAGUAUUAAAUGCUAAUAUUUGGCACAAGGGACAGCGGUUUAUAUGUGAUUGAUUUAUAGUUGAUAAAAUAAGCAAUUAUAGAAACAGAAAAAUUAAAAUUAAUUAAAUAAUUAUUGAAUUAGCACAUUUAAGUCCCUGGUUUUGCAACAUCUUUCCACUAAACACACCAGCAUACUUCAUUUAACCUAAACCACAAUUUUAAAAAUCUUUAGCUUUGCAUCGUUUAAACCGUCCUACUAUCAAUUGGCGUUAGUAAACAUAUAUUUCCUAUAAAUAUUAUAUUUAGUUAUGUUUGUAUUAAUGUUAAAAAAUAUAAAUAUUUAUUAGAAUUCCUACAUUCCAAACUAAAAUCUUAAUAUGCUAGCCUAAAUGAGCCAUGAAAAGUAUUUAAAUCACGGCAUUUUGACAUACGCAUGAAUAACUGUAUAGUGCAGUUGGAUUUUGCUGCCAGCAAAGCAAAACAAAACAAAGUGCAUUAAUAUCGCAUGAGUGUCAAAAUGUCUGCACAUAUGACACACGUCAUAUUCACAAUUUGUCGAAAUUAAUUUAUUGGCAAUAAAAGUGAAUUUUUAUGUAACGAAAGCUUACUUGUGUUAAUUACAAUUGGCUAAAUUAUAAUAGCUUGCUUGCUUUUUCAUAAAAAAAAUGCUAAUUAUUAUAAAUGUCUAAUUACGGUACAAGGGCCGCAGAAACUUAACCUCAAUUAAUAGCAUUAAGGAAACCAACGACACUUUGUAGGAAAAUUUCUCUUAUAAUAUUAUUAAUAGUGUGUAAAUAUAAUUUAUAUUGUUAUACAACUCGAGUGCGAGCUGUUAGAAAUAAAUGGAUGAAUCGCUAGAAGUAGAGACCUAAUCAUUUUAUUUUGUUUGCACUCAAAACACUACAACUAAACAUUUGUGAGGAGUUCUAAAGGUCUAAAUAUCGCACUGUUCACUUAUAUGCAGUAGAUUUCUCCGAAUUACAUGAGGACCAAAAAUUAAGCAUUAUUAUAAGACUAUGGUUGAAGUGCGAGGUUUUUGAUGGUAAACUUUUCAAUAACAUUUUAGUAGCUAAUAUUAUGAAAACUUUGAACAAAUGCAAAAAAUUAAACAUUUAACUUUUUAUAGGUUAGGAAAAGAAUUUUUUGAAAUAUAAUAGUAUGGUGAAAGUGAAAAAUUAAAUUCUAAUAAUUUAUUUUGGUGACAGAAAUACUGAAACGAAUAAUUUAUGCUUAUUUGCUCUAGCGAAUUGUUAUUGGGCUUUAUAUUUUACUCGAAAGCAAGCGUUAUAAUGCUCCAAAAAGGUAGGGAUGUUUUUAUCCACGUAUUGUUUUUAAUAAGGUAUUUAUGAGAGAAGAGUUUGCAUAAAAGUUAAAUUGUAUUAAAUAGUUAAUUAAUGAAACUAAAUGUAAAAAAAAAAUGUUAUUAUGCUGUUGACUUCCCUAUAAACCAUGUUAAAACAUCAACUUAUUUCAAUAUAUGUAUGUAAUUAAAAUUUACAA